CAUCAAGAAUAACAACAUUGUUUUUAGCCCUUCUUAUCUCCUCUCUCCCAAAUAUCCUGUUUCUUCGAGUUGCGGUGGCCAGAACCAAUAGAAACCUCUUCCUGCUAUUGGCUGACUUCACUUCCCAACGUUAGCACAAUCUCAUCCGCUCCAAACACCGCUUAGUGGAACCUCAACUAGCUUGCUGACCAGAAAAAAAUUAUAUUCAAAUUUAUACCAGUGUGUUUUACCAGGACUGAGAGGUCCUGAACAAAUAUGGCCAGCACCAUUAAGGAAGCAUUGUCGGUGGUGAGUGAGGACCAGUCGCUGUUCGAGUGCUCCUACGGAACGCCCCACCACGCCAAGGCUGAGAUGGCGGCCGCGGCGGCGGCCAGCGAGUACUGCCAGACGGCCAAGAUGAGCCCCAGGGUGCACCAGCAGGACUGGCUGUCCCAGCCGCCCGCCCGCGUCACCAUCAAGAUGGAGUGCAACAGUGGACAGGUCAACGGCAACAGAAACUCUCCUGACGAAUGCAGCGUGGGGAAGAACGGGAAGCUGUCCAGUGGAGGAGAGGGCAGCACCCCUGUCACUUACAGCAGUUACCUGGAGGACAAGCACAUCGCUCCCCCCAACAUGACCACCAAUGAGCGCCGUGUCAUUGUUCCCGCAGAUCCCACACUCUGGUCCACGGAGCAUGUACGCCAGUGGCUGGAGUGGGCAGUUAAGGAGUAUGGCUUGCUGGACGUGGACGUGGCUCUCUUCCACAACAUGGACGGCAAGGACCUGUGCAAGAUGAGCAAGGAGGACUUCCAGAGGCUCACGCUCAGCUACAACGCAGACAUCCUGCUCUCCCACCUGCACUACCUCAGAGAGACUCCACUUCCUCACUUGACUUCCGAUGAUGUUGACAAAGCCUUACAAACCCCGCGGUUAAUGCAUGCUCGCAACACAGGAAGGAGACCCCUAGGUGCAAGUUUUAUUUUCCCCAACACUACCGUUUAUCCCACUGACAACUCCCCCAGAGUCUCCGCUAGGCCAGACCUGGCAUAUGAAGCAGCCAGAAGAUCUGGAUGGCCUACACAAGCUGUAUCUCCACCAAAGGUAAGGACCUCCCCAGUCAUUGUCACCAAAACAGGAGAGCAGAGGCCCUUCUUAGAUCCUUACCAGAUUGGGCCCACGAGCAGCAGGUCAAACCCAGGCUCGGGACAGAUACAGRUGUGGCAGUUCCUGCUGGAGCUCCUGUCAGACAGCYCCAACUCCGGCUGCAUCACRUGGGAGGGCACRAAUGGRGAGUUCAAGAUGACCGACCCUGACGAGGUGGCGAGGCGCUGGGGCGAGAGGAAGAGCAAGCCCAACAUGAACUACGACAAGCUGAGCCGCGCCCUGCGCUACUACUACGACAAGAACAUCAUGACCAAGGUGCACGGCAAGCGCUACGCCUACAAGUUUGACUUCCACGGCAUCGCCCAYGCCCUGCAGCCCCACCCGCCAGAGUCCUCCAUGUACAAGUACCCCUCCGAUCUGUCCUACAUGAGCACCUACCAUGCACACCAGCAGAAGGUCAACUUCGUCACGCCCCACCCUCAAGCGCUACCCGUCACCUCCUCCAGCUUCUUUGCUGCCCCCAACCCCUACUGGAACUCCCCCACCGGAGGUAUCUACCCCAACACCCGGCACCCAGGCGCUCACAUGCCCUCCCACCUGGGCACGUACUAUUAGACCUGCCAAGGGAAGGGCGUCUUGCUACGCUAAAACUGGAGGAAGAAACGGGAAGAAACGGGAAAACACAAAGGGUUUCUGUUUGGAUAGUGUCAGAACCAAACAAAAACAGGGGCAGGAUCAAUAAUGAAGAAAUUUGGUAGAGGUAGGGUAACUGGUGUAAGUCUAGGGCAUGAGCAGGUGAGGGAACUCAAGGUUCUGUAAAGGAUUAAGAGGAGGGCUACAGACAUGUCGCUAUAAGACGAUAUAGGAGGGAAAACUGUAAAUGUAAAAAGGGCAAUAGUGGACGUUACUAUGACCAAGGGCAUUGUGCGACAUGUAGCUUCUGAGAACAGUUAAAGAUACGUCUUUGAGUAGAAUUAAAAGGGAGUUAUCAGUGGAUUAUAUAACAUGAUCAUGUCCUUUUGAUAAAGGUCGCUAAAUAUACCCCAAAAAUACAAUAGCUGCAUGAACAGUUACUUAUUAUAUAUGUUUUUAAACUAUUAAACUACCUUAUUUAAUGAAGUAAACAUAUCAAAGACUGUAAAGAUGAGGCAAGAUAAGUAAGAUGUAAGUGUGGAGAGGGGUGUGGUGUGGCAGAUGAGUGUGUACUUCAGAGGAAGUAGGGAGAAGUACUAAACUUGGCUGUAGUAAACUGUGAAACAAGCACCAGCAGGAAACACCUUGGGUAGAUGUGUGCUAGAUGGUCAUGUCACAUGACCAUGCAUGGACUCACAGACUGUUUGUGACCAAGGGUGGGGCAACAUCAGAGAGGACGGCGGAUCAUGAAAGACACUGAAAUAUGUGAAAAAUUAAGUAUUAUUCCUUUGGAUAUAAACUGCCUUAUGUCUUAUCAGUAUUAUUAUACUACAUAGUAGUGCAUAUGGCAUUAUUGAACGUAAAGGGAAGAUUGUUUUACUUGACUGUUAUUCUUAAAGAGAGUGCCUUGAAAUCAAUUAAUCUGUGUUUUGGAAAUUUUGAAAAACUGGAAUUAAGCACGAUUCGUAAAAUGUUGUGUGUGACCUCAAAUCUUUUUAUAAGGAAGGAGGAGUUUUCUUGACCACAGUGACUUACCACAGAAACUCCCAGUUCAGCUGAAGAGAUUUUACAAAGUUCCAAUUUUGUAUUAUUGUUUUUCUGAGUCGCGAACGCUGUGCGUUUGUUAGAUUGAAGUAUACAAGUCAGUGUUAUAUUUCUUUUUAUAUGAUAAAUGUAUAACUUAUGCAAUAUAUACACUACGAGUUGAUCUCAGCCAGCCAAAGACACAGACAAUGUUUUUAUAAUAGAUAUAGUGACAGAAAUGUCAUUGAAAUAGACUAAAGAAGGCAGUAAACAAUGAAAAAACAGUUGUGGCCUUUGAACUUUAUGCUCUGUAAACAGUUUACAACAUAAACUAUAUAUACUAAUAUAAAACUGAUUGUGUCGGCCAGGCAAGUAAUUUCAGACCUGUUCAGUAUUAUUUUAUGGGAUGCAGGCUUGGGUAGAACACUUAUAAGCUGCCAGCCUUGUAAGCUGAGAAACAGGACUGAGAUACUGAGAUUGUUUACUAAAGGGACCAUAAAAAUGAUAUACUUUGAUAGAUUUUCUACUGUGUCAUUUCUAAUAAAGUAUCUUCAACCAAA